AUGACAACGGAGGUCGCGGGUCGCAACAUCGUAGUCGCAGUUGACGAGUCCGAGCAAAGCUUCUACGCCUUGCAGUGGGCGUUUGACCACAUUAUUCGAAAGGACGCCGAUAAGACGAUACUCGUCACAGUGGAGACGCCCAUUACCAGUAGCGCAGGAGCAUUCGCGAUUCCCGAGGACAACGAGCUGAGCGUGGAGGACGACAAGGAGCAGGAGACGAAGAGCGUCGCCGAGAGGGCCGAGGCCAUCUGCAAGGAGAACCAGGUGACGAGCGUGACGAAGGUGUAUCAGGGCGAGGCCAGGGAGGCGAUCUGCCAGGCGUGUGAGGAGAACGAGGCGAGCAUGCUGGUCAUUGGCAGCCAUGGCCACGGGCCCGUCAAGAGAAGCUUCCUCGGCUCCGUCAGCGACUACUGCUCCAAAUACGCUCGGUCAGUGGGGCUUGUGCCAUGCUUCCCCUCCCCCCGUGUGUGCUUCCCCUCCCCCCGUGUGUGCUUCCCCUCCCCCCGUGUGUGCUUCCCCUCCCCCCGUGAGUCCUUCUGCCUCUUGUGUGUGUGCCUUCCUUUCUGUGUGUGCUCUUCCGCCCCUGUCCGUCCCCUUCUGCCCCUUCUGUGUGCUUGGCCUGUAUGUGUGCAUCUGCCCCAUCUGUGUGCUUGGCCUGUAUGUGUGCAUCUGCCCCUUCUCUCCUCCUUGACAAGGUGUGUUGUGGCCGCCCUCUGCUCUUUUUGCGGAGCCAUCACCCGCACUUCCUUCUUCUCCCCCCCAUCCUCCCUCCCGCCCCUUUCCUUGCUUUCUUUCGCUCUCUUGCAUUCGUUUUCUUCCAGUGCCCGUUCUCCUUCCCUCGUCCCACCACUCAGAUCUCCUACUCAAGCCUUUCCUCCUAGGCAUCCACCGCCCUCUUCUUCCACUUUCUACCCCCCUCCUUCCCCACCUCUGUCUAUCCCUCUGCCUUACAGUCAAGAGAUUCCCUUAACUGCCAGUGCUGGUAACCCGUCUGUUACGGGCAGCACAACGGGUAGCCAAGCCACUCUGGCGGCUCCAGGCAGCUCUGUUGCGGCUCAGGCGGUUGCCCAGGUGCUGACGGUGGCGGUUCAGGUGAAAACAUCAGAGGCGGUGAGGCAGCAGAUGGUGGAGAAGGCGGUUCAGGUGGUAGGGGGCAGGGAGGGCAGCUCUCCAGCCCACCCGAUGCGCUCCUGGCCGUUCAUCAACCGACUCAUGCCCACCAACUCGCUCCACAUGCUGCGAGACGCGCAUAGGCUCCGUGAAGCCGGGCAAAUCCCGCGCUGUAAUGCCACAACGCCUUUGUGGGCUGUGGAGAAUCCACUCACGGGCUCCGUUGAUCGGUUAGAGCAGAAGCUGGAGGCAGGAGCAGAGGCGAUAAUUCUGCAGCCCCCAGUGGUGCCAGAAGCUUUUCAGCAAUGGUGGUGUGCGGCUGAACAGAGAGGCCUCACCACAGCAGUGCCAAUGAUUAUCGGAAUGCCGCUCAUCACUUCGGCGCGCAACCUCGCCUUCUGGAUGCUUCUCACCGACGCCAAGGGGGGGCAGGCCGACACUGAAAUAGCCAGGUUUCGGCAGGCAGAGGAGCAGGUGGCAGGCACAGGUGUGGUGGAUGUGGAGCGAUUUAGGACAUUCCGCCAGCAGUGGACGGAGCAGUACCUCACACUUGCCAAGCAACUAAAAGGGGCGUCAGGGCUGCAUUUCAUGCCCAUCAACCCACGAGGCUGGAAGGACCUGCGUAGAUUAAUCUCCACUUCACAUUGCGACGCGAUGGUGAAAGCGUACUUGCGCUACGAGCAGGAAGCGGUAUUCGGCCUCGUAGUCUCUCCUUCCUGCGGCAGCAUCUGUUUCGACCAAUCGGGUCGCUCCAUUCUUACCGGCGCGCUCGAACGCUUGCUCGUAUGGGACAUGCGAAAGGGCACGCUGCUGCAGCAGCUUUCACCACAGCCGGCCGGCGCCGGCUACAGCCAAGGGGGCGGCGCGGGUGCGGCCGGCAGCGCAGCCGGCAGCGUGCAUGAUGCGGUCCCCGCUGUAGUGGACGUGACGGCGAUUUGCCCGUCGCCGGCCGACGCGACGCAGGUGGCGGCGGGGUACACGGACGGCACGGUGCGCGUGUGGAACAUGGUGGACGGGACGUGUAGGACAAGCCUUGCCGGCCACAGGUCGGCUGUAGCGGUGGUGCGAUACAACGCGGCUGGCGUCGGGCGGCAGAGACGCGGACAUCGUGGUUACAGACCUCACCUUCCUGGUUCCCGCGUGCAGCUCCAGUCGCUGCUGGUAAUCUGUAGCAUGGACGCGCGGAUCAAGGUGACUGAUCUCACCUUCCUGGAAGGUUCUAUGGUACAGCACCAGUCCCUAUUGGUCAGUUGUAGCAGGGACGCGCAGAUCAAGGUCUGGGAUCUCGCCCUCCACCACUGCAUCCAAACCAUCGCCGAGCCUCGCGGCGAGCUUUGGACGCUCGCCAUCCACCCGAACCUGCCCAGGCUCGUCGCUGCUGGCACCGAACCUGAGGUUUUGGUUUUCCAAAUCAGGGCGGAGAGGGGGAUGUUGGGGGAGGGGGAGGAGGGAGCUGAGGGGGGGCUGGUUCGGGGGGAGGGGGAACCUGGGGAAGGGGAAGGGGGAGAGGUUGCGGGGGGGGCGGAAGGAGGUGGAGCAGGAAUGGGAAGCAAGGGAGCAGGAGGUGGGGGGGUGGCAGGGCGAUGGGACGUGCUUAUACCGCACGGCAGUAUAAGGAGGGUGGUGGGAGUGGGGCAGGGCGCAGAGCAGGCUUUAAGUGUGCGUUUCGACGGCCCAGGGAAAGUCUUAGCCUGCCAGAGUGCUGGAAAGGCCGUUGAGUUGUUCCGAGUGAGGAGUCCUGGUGAGGCGGUUAGGCAGGCCAAGAGGCGGAGGCGGAGACAGGUGGAGAAGGGGAAGGGGAAGGGGGGUGAGGGGGAGCGAGAGGGUGAGGAGGCAGGGGAGGGAACGGCGGAGGGAGGAGGGGGAGGAGGGGAAGGAGGGGAAGAGGGGGGAGGGGAAGGAGGGGAAGGGGGGGGAUGGGAGGAGGAUGGGGAGCAGAAGGGGGGAGCCGGGGUGACUGUGGAGGGUGCAGACGAGUUUGCUUCGAUGUUCACCAUUCGUUUGAAGCACCGAGUGCGCGCCAUUGCAUUUGCGCCCAAGGCAGGCGGGGCAGGGGGGAGGGGAGUGGGGAGAGGAGCAGCAGAGCCGUCACUGGCGCUGGCACUACACAAUAACAGCGUUGAGAUCCACACUAUACAUGCGGACAGCAGCACCCGGGCGGCAUCGCUGCAGUCUGCCGGCCACCGAUCUGACGUGCGCUCGCUGGCACUCUCCUCAGAUGGCUCGCUUCUUUUGUCCGUUUCCAAAGGCUCCGCCAAGGUCUGGAACCCUGUGACUGGAGCCUGCCUCUCUUCCUUUGACUCUGGCUAUGGACUAUGCUGCCUCUUUGCCCCUGGUGAUAGAUAUGCCAUCGCAGGUACUCAAGCAGGAGACUUGGAGGUCUUCUCAGUGGCCAGUGCAGAGCGCACUGCUUUGAUUCAAGCAGCACACGACAAAGCAGUGUGGGCCAUGGCUGCCCUGCCUGAUAACACAGGCUUCGCCACUGCCUCGGCAGAUGGCUGUGUCAAGUUUUGGGAGUACCAAAUGCAGCUUAAGGGAUCCAAUGCAGACAAGGAUGCACUGGCGGCAGGGAGGGGCGAGAAGCACUUGACAGUUGUGAACACACGCACGCUCAAGAUGUCUGAUGACGUGCUCAGUGUGGCGUUCAGCCCUGACGGCCGAUACAUUGCACUCUCUCUCCUCGACUCCACCAUCAAGGUGUUCUUUGUCGACUCCCUCCGUUUCUUCCUCUCGCUGUACGGCCACAAGCUGCCAGCCAUCUGCCUUGACAUCUCCUCAGACUCGCAGCUUGCAGUGUCCGGCUCAGCAGACAAGAGCGUCAAGAUCUGGGGGCUCGACUUUGGAGAUUGCCACCAGGACAGUGUGAUGAGUGUCAAGUUCGUGCCCCGCACGCAUUACUUCUUCUCGUGUGGCAAGGACCGGAGGGUGCGGUACUGGGAUGCUGACAAGUUCCAGCUGCUGCUCACACUAGAGGGGCACCAUGCAGAGGUCUGGUCACUAGCCAUCAGCCCUCUCGGUGAUUUCCUUGUGCCCGGCUCUCACGAUCGCUCCAUACGCCGCUGGCAGCGCACGGAUGAGCCCUUCUUCCUCGAGGAAGAGCGCGAGAAGCAGCUCGAAGCCAUGUUUGAAGCCCGAGCAGUGGCACUACCAACCGACGCACGCCGCCUGGAUGGGGCCGACGACGAGGAGGGCGGCGAAGGGGCAGAGGCGGCGGGGCCGGGCGGCGCAGCGGGGGAGCUGGGCGGCGUGGGAGGGGCGGCAAGGGGCACGCAGGAGACGGUUUGGGCGGCAGACUCGAUCAUUGAGGCGGUGGAGCUGGCGUCCAUGGAGGAAGCUCGGAUGGUUCCCUUGAUCAAGGCAAGUUGA